CCCCUCCUGUCAUGGCGUUGGAUCGUAGCUCCGUCUUCCCGUCUCUGGCCGGCGUCACUGACAUCAUCGCCAGCAGCAUCCCCUCAUUGGCUGGACUCGCCACCUCCCUCAGAGGCUCCGCCCCCUCCGCCCCUUCUGCCCCCCCCCCCUCCAUAGACAGCAUGGCUAACAGCAUCGCCGCUAACAUACCUAGCUUAGCGGGAACUGCUAGCGCUGUGGCUAACCCCCCCGCGGCUACGUUAAACUCCGCCUCCUUCACCACACCUGGUCACACUGUUAGCUUAGACAGCAUAGUUAGCUCGUUCGCUAACAUUCCCAGUUUAGCGGGGAUUGUUAGCAAUGUGGCUAACCCGUCUGUUAGCUCCAUAACGACCCCGUCAGCCCCCUCCCCCUCACUGCCGGGGAUCGGAGACGCUCACACAGAUGUCGGAGCGUUGUCUCAGCUGGUGAUGUUAACGUUAGACUCGAACACAGGAGUCUCUUUACCGUCUCUUCAGGAGACGGAGCCAUCAGAGGAAGUCUCCAGACGCUCUCCUCACACCAUCAAAGAAGAGAAUCCAUACGUCACGCUGUUAGCUUGUUGGGCGAGCCAAGAGGAAGCCGACACCGACUCGUCCAAUGAGGAGGACGAUACAGGAGCAAGCCCCGCCCCCUCUGGUGCAGAGGGACCAAUGGAGGGAGAUCCUACUCAUAACACAUCGUCAACAACCACCAACCUCCCGUCCAAUCAGGCGGGACGUCUGGUCCCCACGCGGCCGGCCCCGCCCCCUCCUCCCAGCCAAUUAAAGAAGCCGCAGAGACAGAAGAUGCCGAGGACGGCCACUAUCCGAGUGUCCAGGAAGAAGGGGGCCGUGGGGGGGGCGGCCCCUCACAGCGCCGUGGUGAGGUCCGGCUGGCUGGAUGUGUGGAAGGGCUUCAGACACAGCGUUCUGUGGGCAACGCUGGACGGGCAGCUGAUGUCUCUUUGGAAAAAACGCAACGACCGGUUCAGCGAGGUUCUGUUUCACGUCUCCAGCAUCACCAACGUGAAGAAGCAGGACAAACGCAGGUUCUCCGUGUACUUCAGGAAGAAGCACUACGACUUCAUGGCUCACAACGACGAGGUCCAUGAAGGCUGGGUCACGUCUCUGUUAGCGUCCCGAGGCCAGCCAAGCCCCGCCCCCCCAGAACUCCUUGGACCAAUCACCAUGAAGGACACGCGGAGCCGCGCCUACGCCGCCCUGUGGGGUCACGACCUCUGGAUCUACCACAGCAAGGAGGCCUUCCAGCUGGGCAUCGCCUCCUUCUCCGUGCCCCUGAACGUGGCCUCGGUCAAAACGACGGGAAAACACUCUUUCAGCCUCAUCACUCCGUACAAGAGCUUCAGUCUGUCUGUUGAUUCAACGAAGGAUCUGUCCCUCUGGUUGGACAUUCUGUCCUCCACUAUCCGCAGUGCUCUGUCCUGCAGCCAGGUGGCGCUGCGGCUCUGGGAAAACCCCAACAACAAAGUGUGCGGUGACUGCGGCGCCACUAACCCGGAGUGGGCGUCGGCCAACUUGCUGCUUGUCAUCUGCCAGGCCUGCGCAGGUCAGCACCGAGCUCUAGGCAGCAACCUGUCCAAGGUCCGGAGUCUAAAGAUGGACAACAAGAUCUGGACUGAACCAUUAAUACAGCUGUUUGUCGCCCACGGUAACCGGCUGGCCAAUCAGGUGUGGGCUCCUGUGGUGCCGGCGGCGGAGCAGCUGUUUCUGGGGUCGCCGGACGAAGAGAGGUCAAAGUUCAUCCAGGAUAAAUACAGGAGGGGGCGCUACAGGAGGGUUCACCACCUGACCCCCUCCCCCGCCCUCAUGGACCAGAGGCUGCGUCAGGUGGUGUGUGGAGACGACGUAGAAGAAACAAUGUCUCUGAUCUGCUCAGGAGCAAAGGUGUGUCAAACCGACCUUCUUAGCCCCUCGCCCAUCCUGCUGGCUGAGAGAGCCAAUCAGGCUUUGCAGACCGAGCUGCUCCGCCUCAACGAGUACACAGAUAUCCCGCCUUACCUGCCUCAAGUGGCCAAUAGGAAACCUGACUCCGCCCCCUCAGGUGAGGAGGAGGAGGAGGAGCUUCACGGUAAACUGGAGGAAGAUCGUUUCCUCUUCUCGUUAGAAAACGACUCGGCGGCGUGCGACGUCCUCGACCUGCGGGAGGUCCUCUCUGUGUUCCUCAAGGAGGGGCCUGCUCUCCAGUUUGAGAUGGUGACUCUGAGCGAUCAGCUGAUCUGCGCCGCUGACAACCAGGAGGCGCUGCUGAGUCACCUGGUGCACAUCCUCAAGGUGAUCCUGCCAGGGGGCGUGUCUUACGCAGAGGUGGGCGGGUCUUCUGCAGUCAGUCGUGUGCGUGUCAUAGAAGUGGGUGGGGCUCCGGGUCAGACUGACGCCUGGCUGAUCCUAUGGGAGGAAGGCGUCAGCGUGCAUCCUGUCCUCAAGAACACACUUCAGCCUCUGAGCGUGGACCUGAGCGCCGUCAGGAACCACGAAAUGGAUCCAUCUGAAAACAUCAUCACCAUGGUAACAGAAGACAGGAGGCUGGCGUUGAGGUUCGAGGAGCCACACAGCUGCCAGUCCUGGUUCAGCCACCUGCAGAGAGCUCUGACCAAUCACAGCGCAGCUCCACCGCGGCCCCCUGCAGCCAAUCACAGCACAGUGCCACAGCCUUUGUACCCGCUGGUUGGUGCGAGGGGAUUGGUCCCGCCCCCCAUCGAGCGCUGCAUCUCCCACAUCACCCACUAUGGUCUGAAGGUAGACGGCGUGUACCGCCGCUGUGGCCUCGCCGCCAAAGUCACCCGAUUAGUGGAGGCACUGAUGACAUCACCGGGCUCCGCCCCCCUGGAGGCUGAUGAGCAGGGAGUCCUGGACGCCGGUGCCGCCCUCAAACAAUAUGUCCGCCAGCAUCAGCAGAGCCUGAUCCCCGAGGCCGAGAGACUCCAGUGGAUCCAGGCUGCAGUGAUUUCAGACGAGCGCUCCAGGUUCUCUUCGUACCGACGGCUGCUCCGGAAACUUCCUGAAGACAACAGAGCCACGCUGAACGCACUGUUUGGACACUUCUACAUGGUCCAGGUGUUCUCCCAGGUGAACAGGAUGUCAGCUCAGAACCUGGCUCUGGUCCUGAUCCCCUCUCUGUUCCAGACUCUGAACCCGGACCUGCUGACGCUCACCAGAGAGUUCAUCAUCCACCACUCGCUGCUCUUCCUGACGCUGGGUGGAGAGGAAGAGGAGGAGGAGCAGAUCACCGUCUUCUGAGGUUUCCUCCUCACGUUAUAUUUUAAUAAAGCUUUAGUUUAUUUUGGGGAAGAUCAAUGUUCUCCUGUUGGUCAACAUGAACACAUGAACUGUUAGCAUGUGUUAGCAUACAUUAGCAUCUGACUGCAUGUUUUAGCAUAUGUAUAUAUUUUAUUAGCAAAUGUCAUUCUGUUCAUAUUUGAUAUAAUCUGUUAGCAUAUAUAUAUAUAUAUGUAUUAGCAUAUAUAUAUAUAUAUAUAUAUAUAUAUAUAUAUAUAUGUAUGAGCAUAUAUAUAUAUAUAUAUUAGCAUAUAUAUAUAUAUAUGUAUUAGCAUAUAUAUCCUAUUUCUGUUAGUAACCCUUAGCAUCUGUUAGCAACCCUUAGCAUCUGUUAGCAACCCUUAGCAUCUGUUAGCAACCCUUAGCAUCCGUUAGGAACCAUUAGCAUCUGUUAGCAACCCUUAGCAUCUGUUAGCAACCCUUAGCUUCUGUUAGCAGCCCUUAGCUUCUGUUAGCAACCCUUAGCAUCUGUUAGCAACCCUUAGCAUCUGUUAGCAACCCUUAGCUUCUGUUAGCAACCCUUAGCAUCUGUUAGCAUCAUCAAAAUAUUUUUAUUAAACCGUUAGUUUCUUUUGGGGAAGAUCAAAGUGUUUAUCUCUCCUGUUGGUCAACAUGAAUACAUUAUGAGCAUGUUUUAGCACACAAUAGCAUCUGUCUGCAUCUGUUAGCAUUUAUAUACAGUAUAUAUAUAUAUUAUUAUUUUUAGCGUAUGUUAGCAUAUACUUUAUUAGCAUCUGUCUACAUCUUUAAGCGCUUGUUAGCAUCUGUUAGCAUCAACAAAAUAUGUUAUUAAACCUUUGUUUUCUUUUGGGGAAGAUGAAAAUGUUUGUCACGAAUACAUUUGAUUAUUAGAAUUAAAGUUGUAUUUAUAAAAAGGGGAACUGAUAUGUUA